AGUAGAGCAACACAGGAAACCAUUUUGGGAAUCCGACUUAUUUCUUUCUCUCUUUCUUUUUCAAUUUUCUCAGUAAUCACGAACAUGAACAGCCAGUAAAUGUAGACCGGACAAAGUAAGGGGCCAGAGGAAAACUUUGGUUCAAGCUUUAGCUUGAUUUCGUCAGGAAACUUUUUGGCAACGGGGGACUCAUCAUGAAGCUUCACAAUGGUUUGGACAUGCGACAUCUGAUGAAGAUGCUCGUCGACGCACUUGCCAAGGAGCAGGACAAGUGGAAGCCAGUGCACUAUAAAUCCCAAACAGGACCGCAGGAGGUAGGAGGUAUUCACCGAGAUGAGGUGAUCGGCUGGUUGUUGGGUUUGAACAAACGAUUCCACUUCACUCCAGAAACUGUGGCUCUCAGUAUUGCAUUGACUGACCGCUUCCUUAACCUUGUCAAGGUGCGUCCAAAGUACCUGCAGUGUGUGGCAAUAAGCUGCUUCUACAUUGCAGCCAAAACAUUGGAAGAAGAUGAGGUUUUACCGAGUGCAGUAGAGCUUGUGAAGGCAAGUCAAUGUAGCUGUGCAGUGUCUGAUAUUCUUCGUAUGGAGAUGAUCAUCCUUGACAAGCUCAGCUGGACUGUCAAGACUGUCACGCAGAUUGACUUCCUGCACAUAAUCCACUCGCUGCUGAUGUGUUACUACCCCCAGUUGCUGGAAAGUGUGGUGAACAUGACCCCAUCCCGGCACAUGUCCAUCCUCUCGCGUAACCUGUUCUACUGUGUGGCCAACCACAAGAUGGCAGCAUUCAGGCCCAUCACGCUCACCCUCGCUGUUAUCUCACUGGAGCUGGAGCAAAUCACGCCCUCCUGGCUCUCCAUUUUGUACACUGUGCAGAAAAUGGCCGAGGUGGACGUUGAUACCAUGAUCCGAUGUCGGGAGAUUGCUGCCCAGAUAUUAAAGGACAAGAACAUCCUGCUGACUGGCUACCAGUUCCGCGCAGUUACGCAAUCGCCAAGCAACACCCUGGCACGCACACGUUCCUUCAAACGUAAGGGCGACCAGAUGGAGGAGGAAGACGACGUCUACGACGGAAUAAAACGUCUGUACUGCGAGGAUCCGCCAAGCGUAGCCAAGACGUGUGCGUCAGAGUUUUGGCAGCGACCGGAAAGGGAGUCAACCGUGCCAAGUCAGUUCACCCGGGCGAAACCCGUCUGUGCCAAUUGAUACUAUCAUCCAUCUCAUCGUCUGUUUGAUACUAGCGUUAGCUGUUGUGUCUGAGGGUUUGCUGAUUGUAGACAUGAUUUGUUCAUGUAUCAAUGUCACAGAUAGGGUAGAACAUUUCAAGGGUUAAAUAUUUCCGCAGUUGUACAUGCUCUGUGGUUUUUCGUUUGAGUAUAUUCUAAGUUUUCCCUUAAGGUUUGUUAUAAACAUGUAUGUAUUAUCAAGUUCAAACAAAUAUACUUCAGGAAUAUUAACCUUGUAAAUGAGUAACAUAUUAGAAUAUUUGUAUUGUUCAACUAAUGCAUGGAUUUAGUUGUUUUACUUUUCGUAACACAAAUAGUGUACUGAGGAAAAGAUGUUUCAGAGAAAAAUAUUUGAGGGAAAAGAAACAUAUUGAUAUAAUUUCAAUUCUUUUCAGUUUGAUUUUUUUUCUCGUUUUAUUAUUUUAAUAAUAGUUGACUGUGAUAAAAAAACUUUUAUUUUAGAGUUUAUUAUAAGUGAUGUCUGGUUAGUCAGUUGUCUUAUAAGAGAACUUGUUUUAAUCUGUUUUGUUUUUUUCUUUCUUUAAGCUAUAAGAAUUGAAACUAUGGCAAUGUUUGUUUCUUAACUUACCUAUUUUAUAAUUUUCGUAGAACAAAACAAUCAUGGCCAGGUCAUAUGGCUGAAUAUUAUACACAAUCGUAUCCUUAACUAACUUCUAGGAAAUGAUAUUUUAAUUUUGUUUCCAAUUUUUUCAAUUCAAACCGUUAAGUAAAAAUAUUGCUAGGAAAUACUAGUAUUAGUUUUAUUCAUUUUGUGUUAUGUGUUUUUACUUCUUAAUAAGAGCCACCAUUGUUGUAUUUAUGAUUAAAUAUGGUAAAAUUUGGGAUAUGAUGACUUGUUUCAAAGUACGACGAUCUUGAUCUCCACAUAUAACCGCUACGUAUAUUCCAUGGCAUGAGUCGUCAUAUCCCAGAAAAAAAGGCUUACAAUAUUAUAAAAACAAAUAAAAAAUUAUAUAAAUAUAAACUGAAAAAAAGUUAUGUGUACAUGUUCAGAUUUGUAUGGAUGUAAUUAUCAUUUUCAUUUUUUCGAGAUUUUCAUCAUUCCGGGUAAGGAAUGCUGAUUUGGUUAUUUGUUUCAUUCAGUUAUAUUAACGUCUAAGUUCUGUGCAAUUUGUACAAUUGUUUGAAAAUAAUUUUACAUUGUUUAAGGAUAUUGAAGUAAACUCUUAAACUUACCAUUUCUGUUAAGAGAAAAAAAAUUAUGAAUCAAGUACUAACGAAUUAUUGAUGUUAUGAAUAAUAGUUAAAUCUCAAAAUCUCAUGGUAGGGUUGAUCUGAUUGUUGAAUUAUGCGUUGGUUUUCACCCGGUACUCUAUUUCACUCUACUUUAAUACCAUUGGACAUUGACAUUUUGCUGGGUUUAUAUUGUAAUCAUAAAAAGCUGAUCAUAAAAAGCUAUUUCUGAAACAUUGGUGCAAAAAAUACCACUAAGGAGUUUAAGCAAAUAAAAUAAACAUUUUUUGCUCUUUUCAUAUUGUGACAAAACCCCUGCUUGACUAAAUAUUUAAUCUUCUAUGGUGAAGUGUAUUCCAUUUUUAUCAUGCUAUUUUAUAAGAAAAUGAGUUUCUUCCCCUAUCUAAUUAAUAUUCUAGAAACAAGAUUUUUUAUGGCAAUAUUGCCAGGGUUCUGUUAUCACGUAAGCUAAAUAAAGUACCGGGAUUGCCAGCGAUGUCAAAAUUGUGCUCGGACACGAUUGUGCAAUGCCCUGUUAAAUUGUAAUGAAACUCGGUGGACCAGUGAAAAAGCCACAUUGGUGAAAAAGACAUUUUUUUUCUAAUUUGAAUUACCCCGGUAUGAUUUCCAUUUAAGACUUUUAAUUUAAAUGAUGGUUAUCAUAGAAGUCUUUCAAACUGCGGACACAUUGUAUAUGUUCCCGCCACUCAAAAUGUGAAAUUAAUUUGAGAAACUCAACUCAUUGGAAGCAAAAAUAAUUUUUGAAACUUACUUCAUUUACAUAUUUUGGCAAUAUUUUUUCAAAAUCGAAUUUCGAUGUUUUCAUUUACUACAGAAAAAUUUCCAGUGUGGCUUUUUGCACAAUUUAUUUUCGGUUACAUGUAUGUAAAUGUUAUGAAUCAAAUUCCAUUUCUUCCGUUAUAUAUGUAUAAUUGAACAUGGAAAAAAAUCUGUACAGAUUCAAUUCUUUUUUUAUACAAAGAUGUUGUUAUUAUCAUUUAUUUUUGCGUUUAUUAAGUUAUAUAGAACUGUUGUAGCUUGUAUAUAAUUACUGUCAAAUGUUCAUGUAUUGGAAUACAACUAUUUGGACGAAAUGUUUAAUGUUUCGUGUACUAACAAACUGAUUGAAAUUAAAACAGCCAAUUAGUGCUACAACCAGAAUGAUAUUAGGAUGAUAACAAGAUGACUGCGCAAAAUGUACAUAUAUAAAAAUAUGAUGAUAUAGAUGUGUGUAAGAGCUUAUUCGCUUCAUAAAAUCAAGGGCUAGGAAGUGAAUGGAUGUUGGUUCAUAUGUAAAUAAUCAUUGAACAUUCUCAUCAAUAUGUAAAUAUUGUUAAGAACUUUAUAAAUCCAACUGUCGUAAUUGACUCGAAAACAGAGCUGAGAAGGCUGCAUUUUUGAGCAUAAGUUUGAUGGAAGAAUGAUAAUGUAAACAAGAAAUGGUCAUAAAAUGAGGAAUAUUAUCAAUUAUUGAUGCAAUGAUAUAUCUGUCUGUAAACUUAAAAUGGACCCCAACAAUACAAUGAUUUUGCAAUUAUGGUGAAACCAGGAAAUAUUGUAGGUUUAUAUUGUAAGUUCAUUAACAGCUGCAUCUAACAUUUUCAGUCUGUCAGCAGAAGGUACAAUUAUGUAAAAGUUUAUUUUUCUGUCGACCUUAUGUCAGUUAAUGUCUUUAAAUUAGAGAGGUACUGUUUAAUUCAUUGGCUUUUGACCAUUUCUAACUGAGAGCGCGUAUUUUGUGCCAUUAUUUUUGAGAGAAGCGCUCAUGAGGCUCAGGGACAUCUCGAUGUGCUUCUGGCUUACAUAUUUUUGUGCAGUGGGAAGACAUUAGCUUUACAGAUAUUGAUCAAGAGAGAAUAUAUAAUGCCAGUCUUGUUUGCCAUGCUUGUGUGCUUUCUUUUUGUACCUUUUUUGGGAUAAUUGAAUUUUUAGAACGGGCAAAACUGUUGAGUGCAGCGUCGAACUGCUGUUUAAGGUCAUACAUGAAUGACACUUUGUGUUAAAAUUUAGUUAUGUACAGUUAAUGUAUAGAGUUAGAUUUCCAAUCAGUAUGAUAUUGUUAGCCAAGGGAACAUUCCUUGUUAAUAAUGUGAACAAAAUUCGAUGAUGAAGAGAAAAAAGCAUUUUAACUGAAACAUGUCUCUUUUUAACAUGCCAGUAGCUGUUGUUUCAUUAUUUUUAUUAUUAGAAACAAACUUACCUAUGUUGUAGUGUUAUUUUAUGUGUUUAAAAGUUAGUAGCAGUGGAUGCUAGCAUUUAGCAUACUUAGUAAAUCAAAUGUUUUAUUUGCAUACAAAUGCAUUUUGCAGAUAAACUGUAAACUGUUGUUUUGUUUGUGCUUUGGCAGGAACAGGCGUUUUGCUGGGUGCGAACUUAUAUGUUUUACUAUAUGAAUCUUAUUAGUUGUUAUCCUUUGAGAUGUUAUUUCAUUUUAACAUUGUCAAAAUAAAUUUUAUGGUGGCUA